AGAGAGAGAGAGACAGAGAGAGAGAGAGAGAGAAAGAGAGAGAGAGAGAGAGAGAGAGACUGACUGAGGAAAGGAAAGGGGUGGGGACGACAGAGGGUGAAUGCAGGAAAGUUUUGCUUCGUAGCAACAAGUUGGAGAAACUCAGCAAACUGCAACAAAAUCCUCAGCCAGCUCGACAGCAAAGCAAACAGCGUGGGACUGAACACACACUCCCACUCCCACACAGGUCGAGGAGAGAGAGCAGAGCUUUAUUCCACGGUGUGUGUUAGCUAGCACAUUAGCCAGCCACGUUAGCAAUGUGUGAGGACGCAGUCCAAGCAGAGAGGAACAGCAUGGUGAGCAGCACCCACGAGAGCCAGGACCUGAUGGUCCCCAGCCUCGACCACCCCUCCCCCAGUCACAGCCUCUCCCAGCUGGGCACAGGAGCUCUAAGCGCAGCCUCCGAAUCUGGAGCUCCUGGAGGAACCACCACCAAGGAGGGGCCACUAAGCCCAACACUGACCCCAGGGACGGGCCCGGUUAACGCCAUCACGGUGCUGACCCUCCUGGACAAACUGGUCAACAUGCUGGACACGGUUCAGGAGAACCAGCACAAGAUGGAGGAGCGUCAGGUGGAGAUGGAGGGAGCGGUGAUGGGGAUCCAGACAGACAUGACCAAGCUGUCCAAGAGCCACACACACACCGCCAACACCGUAAGCAAGCUGCUGGACAAGAGCCGCAAGGUGUCCGUCACCAUGAAGGAGGUGCGCGACAGGAUGGAGCGACAGGCUGGACAGGUGAAGAAGCUGGAGGCAAACCACUCCCACUUGCUCAAGAGGGACAACUUCAAAGUGCUCAUAUUCCAGGAGGAGAAUGAAAUCCCAACCAGUGUGUUUGUCAAGGAUACUGUUCCUUUCCCCCGUGAAGCUGAGGAGGGGGAGGAUCCCACCGCCGUCAUCGACGCCAACCGCUCCACGGAGGAGGGGCUUCACACCAUCGACCUAUCCUCGGACGAGGACGUAGGGCUGGAGGCGGACCUGGACGAGGUGGGAGAUGACGUAUACGAGCUGGCCGGAGAGCACACAGACAAAUCCCGCACGGAUAAGUUUAAACGCUCUAGUCUAAAGAAGGUGGACAGUCUGAAGAGGGCCUUCUCCAAAGCGAAUAUAGAGAAGAAGAUGAACAAGAUUGUGUCACAGGAGAAACGAGAGAAGAUGAAGAAGAGCCUGACACCCAACCACCCAAAGAGUUCCUCCUUCAAAGUGUCCCCUCUCACGUUCAGCAUCAAGAAGAAUCGUAAGUCUGAGGGCCAACCUGAAGCUGAAGCAGAGGUGGAGGCCUCAUCCCAGACCGGGGUCUCGCCUACUGCCGUGGCCUCCAUUGAGAUCUCCCCGCUGGCCAGCCCUGAUGAGGAGUUCCUCUUCACAGAGGUGCACUCCCAACUGGCUCCAGGGCUGGAGGAGUCCAAGGCUGAGGCUUUGGAGAUGGAAGAGGUGGCUGUCAGUGAAGUUCCAGAAUCUGACGAAAUUCCAGAAUCCAACGGUUUUUCUGAUUCCAAACCGUUCCUAGAAUCCGACGUUCCUGAGGCGGAUGUGGAUCUGUCGGCUAUGACGGAGGGAGUGAGGGAGGAGUACACUCUCUCUGCCACGCUCCCACAUGAUGCCUUCCACUCUAUCUCGCCCUUCGAUGAGGAAGACAGGGAGGAGAAAGUGCAGAGGGAGAAAGAGUAGGAGAAGGAAGGAGAGAAAGAGUAGGAGAAGGAAGGAGAGAAAGAGUAGGAGAAGGAAGGAGAGAAAGAGUAGGAGAAGGAAGGAGAGAAGAAAGUGUAGAAAGAGGUGGAGGAGAAGGAAGAAGAGUAGGAGAAGGAGGGGAGACUUGUGGAAGAGGAGGCCCAGCUGUCAAAGUCCACACACACAAAAUAAAUACACCUAUACCUAUUCCCUAAAAUACUUCCCCAUUCCCACUCCCACACUCUGCCCAUCAUCCUC